UUUGCCAUAGCCAAGUAGCUAGCUAGCUAGGUUGCUUACCUGCUUGUGUUAAUUCCUAGCUCCAAGACGAUCGAUUAAUGGCGUCUUGGUCAAGCUCCAAGACCAACCCUAGGGUGUUCCUCGACAUAGACAUCGGCGGCGAGCGGGCCGGCCGCGUGGUGAUCGAGCUGUUCGCCGACAAGGUGCCCAGGACGGCGGAGAACUUCCGCCGGCUGUGCACCGGCGAGUGCGGCCCGGGGCGGUCCGGCAAGAACAAGCUCCACUACAAGGGCUCCACCUUCCACCGCGUGGUGCCCGGCUUCAUGUGCCAGGGCGGCGACAUCACGGCCGGGAACGGCACCGGCGGCAAGUCGGCGCUCGACGGCGCCGGGAGGUACUUCGAGGACGAGGGGGGCUUCCAGGUGCGCCACGACGGGCCCGGGGUGGUGUCCAUGGCGAACGCCGGGCCCGACACCAACGGCUCCCAGUUCUUCAUCACCGUCGGCGCGGCGCCGUGGCUGGACGGCCGCCACGUCGCGUUCGGCCGCGUCGUCGCCGGGAUGGACGCCGUGCUCGCCGUCGACCGGACCGGCACCUGGAGCGGCAAGACGGCGAAGCCCGUCGUCAUCGCCGACUGCGGCGUACUGGCCUAGAAAAUACAUACGUAUCCGUACGUUUCUACGUAUAUAUACCGGUAUCUAUACGUACAGUGCACACGUACGUAUGCUAUACGUAUAGCUGAUGCGAUUUCUGGUGUUGCGAGAGAGGACAAAUACGUAGGUAUAUACAUACGAGGACGCGUCAGCUGCGUCGUUGAUGGUGAAUUAGUAAUUAAUAAGAUUGAGUGAUUUGAGA